AUGAGUACAGGAACAAGCACCUUUGUUAUCAGAUGGAUCAACUUUCUCACCACACUUUUAGCAAUAGCCGUCAUAGGCUUUGGGGUUUGGAUGAGCACUCAUCAUGACGGCUGUCGGAAGUCCCUCACUGUCCCUGUCCUAGGCCUUGGUACCAUCAUAUUUGUAAUAUCGAUGAUCGGAUUCUUGGGUGCAGUGAAGAACAACUCCAUAAUGUUAUGGAUUUAUCUGAUCAUGUUAUGCUUCAUUCUGGUGGCAAUAUUGGUCUUCACAGUUUUUGCGUUUAUUGUAACAAAUAAUGGAUCUGGUCAUAAUGUAGCUGGUUUGAGGUACAAGGAAUAUCAACUUCAAGAUUACAGUUCAUGGUUUCUAAAACAGUUGAAGAAUAGCCAUAGCUGGAAGCAGUUGAAACAUUGUCUCGUGAAAUCUGAUAAUUGCAAUAACCUAUCUAAAAAAUAUAAGACUCUUACACAGUAUAAAUUGGCAAAACUAACCCCAAUUGAGUCUGGUUGCUGUCGACCACCAUCUGAGUGUGGUUAUCCUGCCGUCAAUGCCUCAUACUACGACUUGAGCUUUCAUCCAAUCAGUUCCAACAAGGACUGCAAACUCUACGAAAAUUUCAAGCACGUCAAGUGCUAUGAUUGUGAUUCUUGCAAGGCUGGAGUUGCAGAAUACAUGAAAACCGAAUGGAGGGCGGUUGCAAUCUUUAACGUGGUUCUGUUCAUUGUCUUGUCAAUAAUCUACUUCAUAGGAUGUUGUGCCAGACGAAAUGCUGCAAGAAAUCGAUCUAAAGUCUGA